GAAGGCCCCCGACGGCGUCCCAGGAGCCGGGCUGGCGCCUCAGCGGCCGGGAGGGAGGGAGGGAGGCCCCCAGGAUGGCGAUGCUGGCGGAGCCCCGUAGAAGGCAGAAGUGGUCUGUGGAUCCACGAAACAGUGCUUGGAGUAAAGAUGAAUCUAAAUUUGGCCAGAAGAUGCUGGAAAAGAUGGGCUGGUCCAAAGGAAAGGGUCUUGGGGCUCAGGAACAAGGGAAUACAGAACAUAUCAAGGUUCACGUGAAAAACAACAUGCUGGGGUUAGGAGCAACCAUCAAUCACGAGGACAGCUGGAUUGCUCAUCAGGAUGACUUCAACCAGCUUCUGGCUGAACUGAAUGAUUGCCAUGGACAGGGUGAAACAGACCACAACAUAGAGGAGGACCUUUUGCUGGGAUGUGCUACAACAGCACUUGUUUCUUUGAAAAGCAGCCAGAGAGACCCCCAGAUGCCCCAGCCCGUUUCUGGAAGGUUCCGAGAGGGCGGACUGCGCAUGACAGUUAAUCUGCAUGGGAAGCGAGGAAGCACCGCCCAGAGGUGGGGCAAGAACCUAUAAAAACUGCAGACUGGGUGAAUGGGGGGGUUGGGGGGCUUGCUUGCGACGACUGAAGAACUCGAGCGGAGUCAGCGGAACCAGAUGGGAGCUUCCCGCCUCUGCCCCCCACCCCCGCCGCCGCCGCGACUCCCAAGAGAAGAGGACCAACGGGACGCCGCUGGAUCCACGGGUGGUGAUAUCUGUCUUUCCCUCUCUCUCUCUCUCUCUCUCUCUCUCUGUCUUCCCCUUUUCCUCUCUUUUUCCUAAACGUGUGACGCGAGACGUGUCUAGUUAGUUGAUUCCAUUUUGCCUUAAUAAAUCUUAAAAGUGGU